CGUGCUGGUGUAAAAGAUCUUGAUGAACGUAUGCAGAACCAAAUUGAAGUCACCCUUAGAGACUUACGAUCUACCCUUAGGGCAUACGGAGCACCCUCAGUUUUAGGUGCGCCCGCACUGUCCACACCUUCACUAUUCGGAUCAUCUAUGAAUCAACCUAAUCAACCCAGUACGCCCUCGAUUUUAGGGUCAUCAUAUAACCAACCCGCCGCGACUCCAUCUUUAUUUGGAUCAAAUCCCUCAGGUUUUGGAUCAUCCACCUUUGGUGGUAAUAGUUCAUUGGGUUAUCCGGGAGGAGUUCAGGCUCAACCAAAUCCUGGGUUUGGUGGAGGGUUGGGAAGUACAAUAAACAAUCCACAAAUGCAAGCAUUUACAUCACAAAGUGAAUUUGAAUUAUAUAAAAUACCUGAAAUACCUCCACCUUCAGAAUUUAGAAGAUGA